AUGGCGAUGAACUUCGUGACGUUUAACCAGGACUACAGCUACCUGGCUGUUGCCACGCCGAAGGGAUUUCGAAUAUUUACAACAGAUCCAUUUGCCAAGAGCUAUGAGACCAAGGAGGGGAACAUUGCAGUGAUUGAGAUGCUGUUUUCGACUUCGUUAGUGGCUCUCAUUCUUUCCCCUCGAAGGUUACAAAUCACGAACACCAAGCGCCAAUGCACAAUAUGUGAAUUAACGUUUCCAACAACCGUUCUGUCCGUCAAGCUGAACCGCAAACGUCUUGUUAUUGUCUUAGAGGAUCAAAUCUUCCUAUAUGACAUACAGACCAUGAAACUUUUGUCCACGAUCGAUACAUCACCGAAUCCACAUGCGCUCUGCGCCCUGGCACCAUCUUCGGAUAAUUGCUAUAUGGCGUAUCCAUUACCCCAAAAGGCACCGGCAGCAGCGAAACAGCCAGCUCAUGCUCCGCCUGGUACAACACACGUUUCACCAUCAACCGGGGAUGUACUUAUAUUUGAUGCCGAAAAGCUCGAGGCCAUCAACGUGAUCGAAGCCCACCGAUCUCCAUUGGCUUGUAUCACUCUGAAUAACGACGGGACCUUACUUGCAACUGCAUCAGACAAGGGAACCAUAAUUCGUGUGUUUUCUGUCCCAGACGGCCACAAACUGUAUCAGUUCCGACGUGGCUCCAUGCCUUCACACAUUUAUAGCAUGUCUUUCAACAUCACGUCUACUCUUCUAUGCGUCUCUUCGUCUACUGAAACCAUUCACUUGUUCAAACUUACCCAACAAGGGUCGUCAUCAGAUGCUUCAUCCUCUCACUCGCCUAUCGGUCGUAACCUGAGCCUUGGAAGCUCAAUUGGAAGUGGGCAAGAUGAUGAUGAAUCUGAAAAUGCCUCUGGCCCGUCAUUCCGAAAGCACAACGGUACCCUGAUGGGGAUUCUUCGCCGAACAUCUCAAAACGUCGGAGGAGUUGUCGCCGCUCGCGUGGGCGGGUAUCUUCCCAAGGGCGUCAGUGAGAUGUGGGAACCUGCACGAGAUUUUGCAUGGUUCAAAUUGCCACGAUCGCAAGGUUCAAGCGGAGCCGGCAAUACAGGCCCUCUUCGAAGUGUGGUUGCAAUGAGUAGCAAUACGCCUCAGGUCAUGGUAGUGACUAGUGAUGGGAACUUUUACGUUUUCAAUAUCGACUUGUCAAAGGGUGGUGAAGGUACCCUUACCAAGCAAUACUCGGUUGUCGACUCGAAUGACAGGCUGGGCACGGUGGAUUAUUGA